AUGCAAGAUGGUGUCUCUGGUGCAGUUCCGGCAUCGAUUGACGAUAGACUGUUGGAGAACAAGUCGAUGUGGACUGCCCUUUAUUCUGGAUGUGGUGAACAACCGAACUCGUCAGGAGGAAGUGGUGUUGUGCAGCAGAAACGUAACAAAUAUAAGUAUGUCGGUGAGCAGGAAGUAACUGAUGGAUCGUUUGCCGGUGACCUUAACUACGGGCUUCAUACACUGUUCUUCACGGAACUGUUCCGAGGUUUCGGUGUUAUGCUUGGGCAUGUCUUCAUGGAACCAGCCACAAUCAACUAUCCCUUUGAAAAAGGCCCUCUUAGCUCUCGGUUUAGAGGGGAGCAUGCUCUUCGACGUUACCCAUCAGGUGAAGAGCGUUGCAUUGCUUGCAAACUUUGUGAAGCCAUCUGUCCAGCACAGGCAAUAACAAUUGAAGCAGAACUUCGUCCCGAUGGCAGUCGUCGUACCACACGAUACGAUAUUGAUAUGACAAAGUGUAUCUACUGCGGAUUAUGCCAAGAAGCAUGUCCAGUGGAUGCCAUCGUUGAAGGACCGAAUUUCGAGUUUUCCACGGAAACACAUGAAGAACAACUCUACAACAAGACUGAACUGAUGAGCUUUGCGAGUUGGUUCCUCAACGAGGUUGGCAUCACAACUGUUGAAGUCACUGAACGGGCUCUGGAUCAUAGCGAUGUCCUUGAGAGCAUCAGCAAUAUCUAUCCCACAUCAGCAAAGGACGUGCUGAAGUUUAAGAGGGAAAUGCGGAGUUGCUCGCAAGCGACUAUGGCGAUGAAAUCGCUUGGGUUAGUCACUAAAGGUGUAUUUGGUCGAACGCCAAAGCCAGCAUUAACGAACGGAGUUCUCCAGCAGAAACGUACCAAUUACAAGUACGUUGGUAUGGUAGCAGAGACCGAUGGAACAGGAGAGCAUUCUCUUCGUCGUUAUCCAUCAGGGGAAGAGCGCUGCAUUGCGUGUAAGCUGUGUGAAGCCAUCUGUCCUGCACAGGCGAUUACAAUCGAGGCAGAACCUCGUCCCGAUGGCAGCCGACGGGCUGUGAGAUAUGAUCUCGACAAUAAUAAGUGCAUCUACUGUGGACUAUGCCAGGAAGCUUGUCCUGUCGAUGCCAUCGUUGAGAGUCCAAAUUUUGAAUUUUCGGUCGAGACUCAUGAGGAGCUGAUAUAUAACAAGGAAAAGCUUCUUACAAAUGGCGACCGCUGGGAACCUGAGCUGGCAGCUAAUAUACAGGCAGAGUACUUAUACCGGUGA